AGAGUCUUGUCCCCCCUCUCCCCAUCUGCAGCAGCCACAAGUGGUCUUACCUCCAGGCUCCUUGGAUCUUUGAGCCUGGCCCUCCUGAGGUUGCACGGCCCAGUUCUUGUUUCUUACAUUCUCCUUUUCUGGAAGAAUUAGAGGGUGUUGCUCCCAAAAUUUUGUGUUUAAUUUCCCAGCCUACUCCACAUAGUGGGGGGCGUUUAACUCUCCCUCCUAUUACACCUGAGUCAGUAGAUUUCCUAAUUCCCCAAAAUGUGCUUUUGCGAUGUCACAGUUCUGGGGUAGCUAAGCUUUUUGACCUGCCUCCAUGGUCUGCUCAAGGAAUGCCCUCUCAGGUAUCAGGCCUCUACCCAGCCCCUCUCUAUGGGUCGGGACCCAUAUGCCUCUCCUUUUUGACCAGGGUUGAGGAUUGUAGCUUGUCUUCCACAGUGUUCACUGGACUAAAGUCCAGUUCCUGUGCUUUGCUUUCUCUCCAAGGGCAGUGAGCUCUGUGUGUGUGUGUGUGUGUGUUAGAGGUGGGUAUUUUGGUGAUACAUGUAUGAUGCCAAUAGACAACUCAGUUUCCCUCUGUGAUUGGUACUGCUAUGAUUAUAAAGAGCAGGAAACAUGAGGUGUUUUGUCACGUAGCUAUCAUGGGGUGAUAUGAAUGGAUCAUUAAGGACUAGCUGGGACCAGCCUACAUCAAUGGAAUACCCGACAGAGACAAGGGAAUAAUUGUCACCUGUCCAUGGGAGGAUCUCUGCUUGGCUGAGUGAAGCAUACAUGGACUCGUUAUGUUUUUGGGAGCAGGAAGAACUGGGCUCGCAGAUGUAGGGAGCUCUGCCGGAGCGAAGACUAAUGGACAGGCACAGUGAAAGGAAACCAAACUGUUUUCUACAGCAGCAUGGCUCAAGGGCAUUGGCCAGUAUGGAUUGUAUUGUCUUCUUCGCUUCUCUGUCCUAAUCUAAGGACUUUCCAAUGCUGUGUUUAACUUGACUAAUAAACCCUGCUGUGUUUUAAAAGUCUGCCCAGUGUCACAGGAAAAACUUGCUCUGUGCAUUGACUGAGGAACAGUCUCUGAAGAGGAGUGUCGUUCAGCUGGACCUGCUGGGCAGAGCUCACAGGUUGGAAUAGGAGCGUUGAAGCCAGAGGCUCAGUCUCUGGUGUUGAAGCUCCACGGCCCAUCCUUGUGGAAGAGUGGGACCACUUGGGAGUUUUGUGCACUCGAGGCACCUCCCAAGGACUGUUCAUAAGCCUGGGCAUUGCACAGAUCCUAUGGAUCCAUGACAGUGUGCCUGUGUGCCUGAUGGGGGAAAGGAUAUAAAACAAGAAAAGCAUCUAAAUGUGUAUUUACCAUUGUCCCCUCCUCAGUCCUCUUGGGAAUCCCUGAUCCGUUCCAAAGUGUAUUAAAACCUUUCUUAAAGGCUUACCUCUUGGUUAUCAGGUCAUGUCAGUUUUGUCAGAGGGCUUUCCAUUCACCCUCCCACUUCCCUGGUUCUUGUCAGGUAGACAGCAAGUGGCAAAAGACCAGAAGUCUGAAGCGCAGACAAUGCAAUGUUUAUUGGGAUUAGUUUCCAAGCAAGCACAUUCUGAAGCCGUUCACACCAGUCAGACCCAUAGAGUCUGUUACCCAGUGUUCCCCUGCCCAGCUUUAAUGCCACAGAGUGUUUACCCGCAUCCCUCUUCAAAAUUCUGAGACCACAGAGCCUUGCCUUGCCUGUGUCUCUGUUCCCCAUUCCCUGUUCCCACCCCUUAGCAAGCAUCGUUCCAAAUUCCCUUCCGCUUCCUGUUUGACCCCAAUUUCUAUAGUAAUAUUCUCAACUAUAGCUUAGCUGGUCAUUUCACUGAAAUUUAACUUAACCAAUCCUAACAUAAUGUAAUAUAAUUCUCUAACCAAUUAUAUCCCACUAAUUAACUUCCACCUAGCAAAAUUAAUUAUACAGCAGACGGAAACAAUUAGUGAACCAGGCAGAUUAACAAUAGAAAAGUGGGGGCCAUAAAGAUAAAACAUAAAGAAAUGAGGGUUUCACAACCAUUGAUAAUGAAGUGAUUUCUUGCCAGACAGGAUGCUAUCCAACUAAGUUUUCUUUAACCAUCUUAAGAUCCAUUUCUUUAUCUGGUGGUGAUGGGCACUAUCCAGACAGGAUCGGCUUCCUAACAGCCGAAUACCACCUUAUUUCAAUGUGACUGGUUUGGGAUGUGAAAAUGUGACCAUACACUUCCAGACUUACGGCUGCCCCUACUGCUUAGCCAAAGGCCUUAGCCUAAGAACAAGGCCUCGGACUAUCCUAGUGAGAGAAGGCCCAUAAACAGGCGGACUGUGAUUUUGAUUCUUUGUUUUUAUAACCCUGUAAGUAGGUGAGCCCUGGUCUACACUAGGAAUUUAGGUCGAAUUUAGCAGCGUUAAAUCGAUGUAAACCUGCACCCGUCCACACGAUGAAGCCCUUUUUUUUGACUUAAAGGGCUCUUAAAAUCGAUUUCCUUACUCCACCUCUGACAAGUGGAUUAGCGCUUAAAUCGGCCUUGCCAGAUCAAAUUUGGGGUACUGUGGACGCAAUUAGACGGUAUUGGCCUCCGGGAGCUAUCCCAGAGUGCUUUAUUGUGACCACUAUGGACAGCACUCUCAACUCAGAUGCACUGGCCAGGUAGACAGGAAAAGGCCUGCAAACUUUUGAAUUUCAAUUUCCUGUUUGCAUGGUCACCUGCAGCUUGCCACGCUGGCCAGAGCUCAUUAGCAGAGGUGACCAUGAUGGAGUCCCAGAAUCGCAAAAGAGCUCCAGCAUGGACCGAACGGGAGGUACGGGAUCUGAUCGCUGUAUGGGGAGAGGAAUCGGUGCUAUCAGAACUCUGUUCCAGUUUUCGAAAUGCCAAAACAAUUGUACAAAUCUCCCUGGGCAUGAAGGACAGAGGCCAUAACAGGGACCCGAAGCAAUGCCGCGUGAAACUUAAGGAGCUGAGGCAAGCCUACCAGAAAACCAGAGAGGUAAACGGCCGCUGCGGGUCAGAGCCCCAAACAUGCCGCUUCUAUGAUGAGCUGCAUGCCAUUUUAGAGGGUUCAGCCACCACUACCCCAGCCGUGUUGUUUGACUCCUUCAAUGGAGAUGGAGGCAACACAGAAGCAGGUUUUGGGGACGAGGAAGAUAGCUCGCAACAAGCAAGCGGAGAAACCGGUUUUCCUGACAGCCAGGAACUGUUUCUCACCCUGGACCUGGAGGCAGUCCCCCCCCAAACCCACCCAAGGCUGCCUCCCGGACCCGCCAGGCGGAGAAGGGACCUCUGCUGCAUGUAUUUCAAGGAUCACGGGAUCUUCUCCUUCGCAGAGGCUAGUGAAGAUUAGAAGGUGAAAAAACCGCACUCGUGAUGAAAUGUUCUCUGAGAUCAUGCUGUCCUCCCACACUGACAUAGCACAGACGACUGCGUGGAGGCAGACAAUGUCAGAGUGCAGGAAAGCACAGUAUGAGCGGGAGGAGAGGUGGCGGGCUGAAGAGAGUAAGUGGCGGGCUGAAGAGAGGGCUGAAGCUGAAAGCUGGUGGCAGCGUGAUGAGAGGAGGCAGGAUUCAAUGCUGAGGCUGCUGGAGGAUCAAACCAAUAUACUCCAGCGUAUGGUUGAGCUGCAGGAAAGGCAGCAGGAGCACAGACCGCCGCUACAGCCCCUGUGUAACCAACCGCCCUCCUCCCCAAGUUUCAUAGCCUCUUCACCCAGACGCCCAAGAACGCGGUGGGGGGGCCUCCAGCCACUCCACCCCAGAGGAUUGCCCAAGCAACAGAAGGCUGGCAUUCAAUAAGUUUUAAAGUUUUAAACUUUUAAAGUGCUGUGUGGCCUUGUCCUUCCCUCCUCCACCACCCCUCCUGGUGCUUCUCUCCUCCACUACCCCUCCUGGGCUACCUUGGCAGUUAUCCCCCUAUUUGUGUGAUGAAUGAAUAAAGAAUGCAUGAAUGUGAA